UCCCAAUCCUCCUCCAUCCUCAUCCCAUGCCACACUCAUGAGCUGGGGCAGCACAGAGGGCACACAGCCACACCUCGGGGUGGGGGGACACCACCUCCCAGGCGCGGGGACAGGAUUCCCGGACCCCCGGAGCCCGGGAAGGGCGGCGGAGCCGUUAUCAGCUCCGGGAUGGAUCCGGCCGCGGCCCCGGGGCGCUGGCGCUAACCGGGUUAGGCGGGAUGGAUGAUGGAUGGAGGGAUGCGGGGGGGAUGGACGGGGCCGUCGCGGCUCCCCGCGGCCCCCCCGGGCCGGGCAGGGAUAAAAAGCGGCGGCGGCGGGGCCGGAGCCGCAGCCCCUCGCCAUGAGCAGCCCGGCCGCGCUCCGAGAGGGCUACGAGCACUUCGACCCCCGCGCGUACCUGCGCAACAAUUACCUCCCCCCCCGCGCCGACUUCUCCUCCGAGGAGUUCGUGGUGCCCUGGAAGCUGCGAUGCCUGGCCGAGACCUUCGCCAGCGGUGAGAUCCGAGGGCGGAUGUUGAUCGAUGUGGGCUCGGGCCCCACCAUCUACCAACUGCUGAGCGCCUGCGACCACUUCGAGGAGAUCGUGGCCACCGAUUACCUGGCGGUGAACCGGGAGGAGCUGGGCCGGUGGGCGCGGGGCGAGCCCGGCGCCUUCGACUGGAGCCCCUUCAUCCAGCACGUCUGCAAGAUCGAGGGACGCGGGUAGGGGGGCCGGGGGGGCGCGGGGGGACCGCGGGAGCCCAGGAGGAGGGGGGUGCAGGGGUGGGGUGGUCCCUGCUGGAUUGUGUCCCCAAAAUCCACGGGAUCACAGAUCCAGGUCCUCGCAGAUCCCUGUAGAGCAACGUCCCUGAGUCCCGUGGGAUCACAGCCACGUUUUCCAACAGAUGCUGAGGGGAUCCCUACAGGACCACGUCACCAAAAUCCCAUGGCAUCACGGCCCAUAUCCUCACAGACACAGUUCCCAAAUCCCAUGGGCUCCCUGCAGGAUCCCAGCCUCAGAUAUCCAUGGAAUCCUGUCUCUGUGCCAGGGGAUGAAGGGUUGAUUCCCACAGGAGCCUGUCCCUGUGGGUGCCCAGUUGAUCCUGCUCCCAGCUCUCUGUGGCUCUUGGGUCAAUUCCUCCUGGAUCCCAUCCCCACAUCCCUGCAGCUGCUGGGCUGAUCCCCAGGAGAUCCUGUCCCUUUGUCCCUGUGUGUGCUGGGUUUGCCCUGGUGCAAUCCUGCUCCUGGGCCCCUGUGGGUUCUGGAAUGGGCAUCCCACCCCACAACCCUGCAGGAUCCUGUCCCCACAUCCCUGUGUGUGCUGGAUUGAUCCCAUCCCCUCAUCCCUGUGUGUGCUGGAUUGAUCCCAUCCCUGUAUC